AGCAUUUCCUGAGCUGGAUGAUCCUAGGAUUUGUAAGACAGGAAAAAAAGGAAAGAGUGAGGGCGGUCGAGAGAGACAGGAUGCUUGUUUUUCAUUUGACCAAAGCGGUCUGAAAGCAAGAUACCGGGGCCUAAGAAAGCAAGCUCCCUGUGGACUCUGCCCAAGCUAAACUCCCUCUUCACUCGCUUGCUAGUUUGUUAGCCCUUUAUACUUCUCCGUUAUAUUCUCCUCCUUCUCUGAACAUAUUUAGUCGGGAAGGCGGUGAGGGAGGGGAUGAGGGAAAGAGACCGCUCCCCUUCCCACUAAAGCAGAGGAAAAACACCAGAAGACCCAGCAGGAGGCUGUGAAAGUCCCUGGGACUCCAGCAAGGAAGUGACACUCCCAACAUAACAUCUACUUCAGCUGCCAAGUCCGAAGCGGGGCCCUCCUCCACCCACUGCUUUCCUUUGAUGAGAACUCUUUGGAUUUCAGGCUAUGCUCUCUCCACUGCCUCCUCCGGAGCCCGGCUGCGUCCUUCCCCUCCCCCACCCUAAGAGGGGCUGAGUUGAGCCGCCUCAGGUCCGCUUUCAUGUGGAUGUCUCUGAUCCGGAGCCCUUCUCUCCUCCACACUCGAUGUAACCCUCCCGAGCCGUGCUCCAGGCACUGAUCCGAGGAGGAGAAUCCAUCUUCAGCCCGGUGCCAAGCGGAGGGGGAGGGAGGGACCAGGAGGAGGGUGAGCCUCUUUGGGACUAACUCAUGAAGAACAAGGGUGCAAAACAGAAGUUGAAACGAAAGGGUGCUACCGGUGCAUUUGGCUGUGACCUGACUGAAUAUCUGGAGACCUCGGGCCAGGAUGUUCCCUAUGUACUGAGGAGUUGUGCAGAAUUUAUUGAGACUCAUGGCAUUGUGGAUGGAAUCUAUCGACUUUCAGGAGUAACAUCAAACAUCCAAAAACUAAGGCAAGAGUUUGGCUCAGAUCAAUGUCCAGAUCUGACAAGGGAAGUUUACCUUCAGGACAUUCACUGUGUGGGCUCCCUUUGUAAGCUGUACUUUAGGGAGCUGCCCAACCCUCUUCUCACUUAUGAGCUCUACGAGAAAUUCACGCAAGCAGUAUCACACUGCCCAGAAGAAGAAGGCCAAUUGGCCCGAAUCCAAAAUGUCAUCCAGGAACUUCCCCCACCACAUUAUAGGACCUUGGAAUACCUGAUCAGGCACCUGACCCAUAUUGCCUCCUUCAGCAGCAAGACCAACAUGCAUACCAGGAACCUAGCAUUGGUGUGGGCACCAAAUCUUCUCAGAUCUAAAGAAAUUGAAGCUAUUGGCUGUAAUGGAGAUGCAGCUUUUCUUGCCGUCCGAGUCCAGCAGGUGGUGAUUGAAUUUAUCUUGAAUCAUGUGGAUCAAAUUUUCAGCAGCUCAUCAUGCUCCAUAGAGAAUGAUGAAAACAGGCCAAUUAUGAAAAGUCUGACCUUGCCUGCCCUCUCCCUCCCGAUGAAGCUGGUGAGCCUUGAAGAAGCUCAGGCUCGGAGUCUGGCUACUAAUCACCCUGCACGCAAAGAGAGGAGAGAAAAUAGCCUGCCUGAGAUUGUCCCUCCCACAGGAGCCCUCUUCCAUACUGUCCUUGAGUUACCAGACAACAAAAGGAAGCUCUCUAGUAAAUCCAAGAAGUGGAAGUCAAUAUUUAACCUGGGACGUUCUGGCUCAGACUCAAAAUCAAAACUGAACCGCAAUGGAAGUGUUUUUGUGAGAGGACAGAGGCUUUCUGAAAAAGCUACCAUCCGACCUGCCAAAAGCAUGGACUCCCUCUGUUCUCUGCCGGUAGAAGGAAAGGAAGCCAAAGGACAUUUCAAUCGGGCUGUCACCACUGGAGGAUUUUUUAUCCCAACAAUGAAACUGCAGACAACAAGUACUGGCAGCUCUUGUGAUCUUAGCAAGCCAGAGGGUGAAUGGGGACGGGUUGGAGGCCCAGCAGGAGCCGAGGGGGGAAAGGCUCCCCAGGCCCGUCCCCCUCCAGAGCAACUGAAGGUAUUUCGAGCUGUGGAGGAUCCAGAGAAUGACCAGGCAUCCCCGAAAAUGCUUGCCAUGUUCUACACUUCAGGUGAUAGCUCCAGCAAGUCAGUCUUCACCAGCAGCCUCUUCCAGAUGGAAUCCUCCCCUCGUCACCAGCGGAAGGCUCUCAACAUCUCAGAGCCAUUUGCGGUCUCAGUACCCCUACGGGUGUCGGCGGUUAUCAGCACCAACAGCACCCCUUGCAGAACACCUCCUAAGGAAAUGCAAUCACUCUCUAGCCUAGAAGAAUCUUCUCUCCAGGGGGCUGAGGGUGGGGGUUGGCCUGGGUUUGAGGAGGAGAAGACAUCGGUAACUGACGCUUCUGCAGCUUCUGCACCUCAGAAAUUAAGAACCAUAAAGUCUGAAUCUCUGGAAGAUCCCAAACCAGUGCUUGAAAAGGAAAGGAGGGUGGAAUGCAGUUGUAAUCAUUCCCCAGAGCAAAGUACCCACCCUGGAGAGAAAGAAGUCUCUGCCAUCUCAGCAAACUUGCCAGUUUCAACUACGAUAGAGAAGAGACAUGAUUUAGAGGAAGCCACAAAGAUCAAUGAAAGCCACCAGAGUGAGCCCACUGCUCAGCAGGAUAACCCCAGGGAUAAAAAAGAAGAUGCUAUGGUCCUUUCAGAAAUGGAUGAAGAUGACUCUUCGAGUGCUUUGAUGUGGCCUGAAAUUCAACAAGAGCUGAAAAUCAUUGAGUCUGAGGAAGAGCUCCAGGCCCUACCAUCAACUGCCCCAAAGAUCAGCACUGAUCAAACAGCUUCAAGUCCAAAGACCACUCUUUCUCCUUGGACAAGGGGCUUCCCUGAUGAGUCCAGCCUGUCUGCAGUCACAAUGGAAGAAAUUCCAGAUAAAACCAUUCAAGUCUCAACUUCAGAAGGUGCUGUGGUCCCCAUGACUGGAACUAAGGGAGACCCUGACCAACUCCACAACCAUCAGAGGACUGAAAAAGAAACAAAACUAUUAUCUGAGCACAGUAAGCAGGGGGACUCUCCAAGGACUCCCAUGCUGGAAAUGAUUCCACCUGAUUCUGCUUCUCCACAGGACAAUCUACUCAUGGGGAGCUCAGGGAAUGUACUUCCACCUCCCCAACCUCAAGAGCAAACUCUUCAGAAAGAAGACUCUUUGACAAAAAGCCCUGAAAAAGAAGAAACUUCAGAAGCUAUGGGAGAAAAUUCUCAUUCAGACCAAACUCAGGCUGUGGACAGUGCUAGUGACCCCAGCAGCUUCUAUCAGAGAGAAGACGUUCUCUCAGCACAGGGUGAAAAGCAGAGCCCCAAGGAGAAGGGAGAGAAAUUGGUUUCUGAGGGAGAAGGCCCACUAAGGGAAUUGGGGGCCUCGCCACAUAGAGCCAGUCUAAUGCAGGAAACGUUUGAUUAUGAUGAAGAAGACACCUCCACUGACAUUGCACCACAGAGUUUAGAAAUGGUAGAGCCUUGGGAAGACCAUCAAUGGGUCACAAGCCCUCUUCAUUCCCCAACACUGAAAGAUGUUCAGGGAACUCGGCCGCAAGAGCUCCUCCUCCAAAAUCAAAGAGAGAAGAGGCUCCCUCACAGACCCAUUUUUGUUCAGAGUCAUUCCCUAGAUAGCGAACCUACCAUGAAAAACCAAUGGACUCAUCCAUUCCCAUCAUCGAGUAGCUGUGUCAGUCUGGGGUCUUUGAUGGCUUUUGACCCCUUUCAGCUGCUGCCCCCCAACAGAGAAAAAGGUGAAUGGGAAAAGAAGGCACCAACUCAUUCCAAAGAGAUCUCAGAGCCAGGGGGAACAGAAGAGGACUUUGGCCUUAAUUCAGGAAGAGAUGUACAAUCCAAAACAAUAAGAACUAGUCCUGAUGGCUUCACAGAGAAGGAAACGAAAAUAGAUGAAGAAAACCUUUCACCAAACCCUUCAAUGACCAUGAAUCAACGAGAUAACUGUGGCUUAGCCUUGGAGAAUGUUAGGGAAAAUAGUCCAUCCGGAGGUCAGGACAAGGCAAGCCCUGAAAUGUCUCUUGUUCCCAAAGGUGAGUUGCUUACUUCCUCCAAGUUACAGCCAACAAGUAAUGAUUGUGUACCUCCUAAAGGGAAGAAUAGACCCUCUUCCCUCAACCUGGACUGUGUACCUCUUGUAAAUGACUUCUUUAGGUUUGAGAAUGUGAUUUCACUCAGUUCACCUGGAAGCCAACUGUUUGACCAAGGAGAAGCUAAAAGGGAAGGUCCCAACUACCCAUGGUCCCCCAUUUGUAUGACCUCACCCCACAGUACAGCAGACCCCUGGAGAGCUCACUGUGGUGCCCAGGACUUAGACAUGGUCACUCAUGCCUUAACAGGCCGUCGUAAUUCUGCCCCCGUGAGUGUGUCAGCAGUGAGAACUUCCUUCAUGGUCAAAAUGUGCCAGGCCAAGGCUGUGCCUGUCAUACCACCUAAGAUUCAGUACACACAGAUUCCACAGCCCCUUCAGGCUCAGAACACAGGGGAAGAUGCCCUUCCCUCUGCAGAGAAGGCCAAAGCAGAGGCCAGCCCUACUGAUGGGACUCCUCCAAAGGAGGAGUCCCCUCCUUCCCCAGGGAGACCUCAGGAGGAGAACACCAACCAAGAAGGAAAGGGAAACAUCGAUUCCAUCCAAAUGGACUCCACAUCUUUUGAGACUGAUGACCAUGCUCUUUCUCCAGAUGCAUGUGUGUCUUGCCUUCUCUCCUCCCAGGAUGCUUCAGCACCCUGCAGAAAACGUACAUCAGAAACAGAACCACCUGGGGACAAUCCACUUUCUUCAAAAAUUGAGCGGUCAUCUGGGAUGUCCAAACCUUUCCACAGGUCAAGACCAGGAAGACCUCAGAGCUUAAUCUUGUUUAGCCCUCCUUUCCCUAUCAUGGAUCACCCAUCUUCCUCUUCAGACUCCAGGGCCCUACUUUCCCCUAUCAGAAGCCCUACCCAAACAAUUUCUUCGGGUCUCAUUUGUGGUGAGCUGGCUGAGAACACAUGGGUGACCCCAGAAGGAGUCACACUUAGGAACAAAAUGACUAUUCCUAAGAAUGGCCAGAGACUAGAGACCUCAACCAGUUGCUUUUACCAGCCCCAGAGGAGAUCAGUGAUUCUGGAUGGAAGAAGUGGAAGGCAAAUAGAAUGACAUCAGCUUACUCCCCACUCCUUCACUUGGAACCUUCUCCUGCCAGGGCUCUGUUAAAAUUUGCCUGGGUAUUAUCUUAUGGUCAACUCUUUUAUUCCAGAGGAAAAUUUGACAGCUUUGGGAUUUUCCAGGCCUCUUAUUUCACUUUUUUUAGCCUUUCUUCUCACAAUCUUGAGGUCAUUCAUGUGCCAGAAGGAUUGGGGUGCUUGGUAGAAGGGCAAAGAGACAAAAUUCAGAUCAGUCCAUUUUCCUGCUUAUUAACAGAUGAAGGAAAAAGUGUUCAUCGAGAGAGAUGACUAAAAUGCAAUUUAGAAAUUAUUUGUGAAUUGCAUUUAUUCAUCCAUGCUAUCUUUAUCCAAUACUAUUGAGAGCUGGCCAUAAUAAUACCCUUUGCAACAAAGAAAAAUCUUUUUCCUAUAUCAGAAGACAUUAUUUCUGAAGUUUCUGGUUUCUUGUUCUCCAUGUUAUUUAAUGCUUUUUAAAGCUCAUGCUUCUUUAGUAACUUUCUAAUAUGCUUCAUAAAAAUUCUACUAUCAGAAAAAAGAGAUUUGGAAAUAUAAACCUACUGUGCCCUUAGAAAUUUAGGCAGGUAGAUUAACAAAUACACUUUUUCCUUGGUGGUUCUACACCUGUCCAUGCCAUCAAGCUGGUGCUACUGGCUAUAAGUACAGCAUAGAAAAUAAAAACACACAAUUACAAAUCCUGUGAUUGACACCAAUUAAAAAGAGAAUUUUUUUCAAUUUGUAUUUAGCUGUGUGUGAAUUUGCCUGCCUUUCUCAAUGACAUACCCAGUAAUUCAGAGAAAGACAUUUGAGGGCUAUGAUAAUGAUGGAUGCUCUUUUUAUUUGGGAGCACUGCAGUGCUAAAUUGCUUUCUUCCAAAUCUUUCUAAUGUCAGUGACAGAAUGGUAUAAUAUAUAAACUCCCUGCAUAGAAAAUUGGGGGUGGUGCCAGUACUUUUUAGUUGGUAGGGAUAGAUUUCAUCCUUCUCCCUGAAAGGGAUGAUUCUAGGGAGUGAAGAAUGGAGAAAAAGGAGACAGUGACUAGUGAGAAGGUUCCUCCCCCCCACCUUAUCCAUGCCAAUAUAAGAGCCUCCCUUAUAGAAGAUACAUUUAAUUGUAGCCAACAAAUCACCUUCCUUUUCCCUGCCCUCUCAGUUCUCAUGGACUGAUUUGAGAGAACCCUUCUCUCUUAAUCCAUCCUCCUGAUCGUAAUACAUGCUCCUUACUCUACUUCUUCCAGAUAUUUAAGGAAUAAUCUAGCCUGACUCUUCCUCCUUUUUUAUUGGAUGGAAGAAAACUGAGCAUGAUCUAGAGUCAGGUUUUUGGAGACAGCAUUCCAGUUUCAAUCCUACAGAAAACAAAACAAACCUAUAUACCAGUUCAUUUUGCUUGCACCUCAGUAAAGGAAACCUUCCUGUUUGAAGGGAAAAUGAAAAUGGGAUCAUAUUAGUGAUACUUUUCUUAGUAGCCCCUUUCAUCAUCCUUUUUUCAGGUCAAGUCCGGGUUAGAUCUACUAUUCUGCCCAGAAUCACGCACCAUAGAAUUGGGCAGGAUGCUGUUCUGGCCUGGCCUGAUGGCAUUCCACUCCAUCCACAAAGAGGACUUUAGAAAUCACCUGGUCCAAGACUCUAUUUUAUGGAUGAGAAAUAUAAGGCCCAAAGUAAAAUGAUUUGCCUAAGGCCAUGCAGCUAGCAAGUGAGAGGGCUCAAGAGUAGAGCUUACACUUUCUUUCCAAUAAACCAGAAGAGUAAGCAUGAAUUUUUUUCUAACUGGUAUCUUGAUCAAAAAUAUCUGACAGUUCACUCUAUAAGACAAAUCAAGUCAGCUGAUUUGGGAGAAAGUCUUACAUACCAGGAGAAUUAAGACAGGUUGAAAAAAGAGGUUGAAGAUCUUUGGCUUGUUUUGAUAUAUUUCUAGCAGAGGCAAUAAAAAUGGUGAAAUGAGCAUGGCAAAGAAGGCAGAUAUUCAAUUGAUCUAUAGGAAUGGGUUUGAUUGACAUAUAAUAUUAUUCUGGGGUUACAGUGAGUAAAAGUAAUUGUGAUGACAUUAUGAAUUUGAUGUCCAAGAAUUUCAAGUAUUAGAUUAACUUCCUGUGCUAAAGUUACAUUUCCACCCUUAGAAAAAUUAGCUUAUGAGACACAAUUUAAUCACCAGGCUCUUGUCAACUGCUUUUUGAUAUCGACCAUUUUAACAUCUUUCCCAUAUGAACUGCAUUUUAGAACAUAAAAGAUGAAAAUAUCAGCAUUUUGCUUCAGUCAGGAAACCUUUGAGCUCAGCAUAUAUUUUGCAUAUUUUGAAUUCUUGAUUGUAACACACUAGAGCAUAUUUUUGUUAUUUUGCUAUAAGACUGAAAAGCCAUUGGUUUGCCUAUUAAUAAGUAACUACAUUUUCAGUGCUCAGUGUUUGAUUUUAUAUAUGUGUAAGCAUAUUCACACAUGUCUUUAGUUUGACUUUAGAUUCUGACACUGUAUAUUUAUAGAAGCAUCUUCAAGAGUCUAAGUGGAAGUUCUCUAAAUAUACAUUGAAAUUUGCCUAGAGACAAAUAGAGAUGUUCUUUUCUCUGCUGUCCUCACAAGCCAGUCAAAUCCCACAUGCUGACUUUUCCUCAGAAUGCCUCUGCUGGAAUUUGAGAAACUAUCAAUAAUUUUCUAUGAAUGAAUUGCCCUCUUCUUCCCCCCAAAAAUGAUAUCUUCUUUAUUCUAUUUGAUUUCUGGAGAAAUAGACUAAUUAUUAAGAUUUUCUCAGACAUGGCUGUAUAUGCAGGUCUGGUACUAAAGAAAUCCUUGCAAUAUUUGUAAAUAGAAAGGGAAACCCCUCCAAAGCUUAUUGUAACACUUUGAAACAACUGAGUAAAAAGUGACCCAGUUGAGGUCAUUGUCCACAGAGGAAAAAUACCUUGGAUUUUCCCAUUCGUUCCCUUAGUUUAUAUACUGAAUUUAUAUUCUCUGUGAGUAGAAGAGAAAUCAGGGCUGGCCAUCUGUGACUGGGGAAGUUAUGAUGCUGGGCCAUUUCACAAUAUAACUAUUUCAGGAAGAUGUUGCAGUAUUAUAGACCUGUUCUUAUGCUGGAAAGAAAAUGCUUUAAUACCAACUCCUUGGGGAAUUCCCCAACCUAUAUAAAUUUUAUACUAUUUAAACAUAUGCCAUUAAUAGAGAAGCAAUUGAAUUUAGUCAUAGAAUGGCCAGAGUAGGCCAAAAAUUGAUGAUACUAUCAAAAUAAACUAGAUUCAAGAUAUCUAUAUGUAGAAUUCUAAUAAAAAUUGAAGUUUUAGUUUAAUUCAUUUGAAAAGGAAGGAAAGAAAGAAUGAAAGAUGAUCUAUAGUGAAGUCUGAAUUGAAAUAUUUCUAGGGAUAUUAAAAAUCCAAGCAUCAACCACCAGCAGCAACAGUAAAUAUUAAGUGCUUUCUAUGUACAAGAUACUUUCACAGUUCCAUAAAUAUUUGUUAAACAAUUUAUUAAUUCCUAAUGUAACUCCAAAUUAUGAAGAAAAAAAGACGAGCAGUUGAGGCAGAGCUUUUAGAACUAGAAACACUAGGAUUGAGAUAGAAGGCAAUGCUGCUUAUGUCAUGUUACUUUUUAUGUCUACCCCUUUCCAGAUCAGGAUUUACCAAAGGCUGCGUGGUUUCCAAGAGAGUAAGAGCACUUUUUGAGAUUAUUCAAAUCCAAAUGAAAUGUCAACAGAUUAGAUAACCAUACCUUUUCAUCCUGUAUACUUUUUUCCCCAUUUUUUCCAGAUAACAGAGAAAAUACUCCAUAAAAGGGUCUGUUCAGUGUCCUGAGAACUUUUUAACAUUCUAUUGGUACCAGUACCAACAUUGGGACUGUCUUUUUUUUAUCUCUCACAUUUGAUCCAUGACCACUUCACUUCCUUUUCUAAUAAUACAAGUCCUAGAUGAUCCCUUUCAGGUUUAUCUUAAAUAAAUAAAACCAGGAAUAUUUUAGGUGUCUGGACAAUAUUCCAAUUUUUAAUAUUUUGUUUUGAUGACUUUGAUGAACUAGUUCCAAGUUAGGCAGGUGUUUGUUUUGCAUAUCUUCAAGUCAGAACUAAGGUUCAAAUGGUUUUAAAUGACUCUAAUUGGUUCUGUCUCUGGAUCCUAUCUUCUUACCUGAAAAUGGGCAGGUUCACAUAUGAUAUUCUUCAAUGGUGGAUUUUAGAAGCUUCACUUAAGUUCUAACAAGUUAGAUAAUUAUAUUUAUUUCUAUUGUUUCUUAGAUAUGGCAGAAUCAGAAGAGCUAGCCCAAAUUGGGCAGAAUGGGAAGGAUGACAGGGAAUAGGGAAUAUUUAUGUGUCUUGGAGCCUCCUACAUGAAGGGACACUACUAACUACCAGAUUUAUAUAUCUGAAUAGCAGUAGAAGAUCUCAGACGUAUGACUCACCUAAAUAGAUGAGAGUCAUACUGUAUUAUGGCCUAGUCUUUCAGAUGAUGCCUUGAAGCUUAGGGUGAUGUGUUCCCAGAAGGGUAAUUCCAGAUACUUUAAGGGGUAGAAGUGAGGCAGACCAAUCUCUUGUCUGAAAAAGAAUAAAUAGCCCUCAAUACAACCCAAUUAUAGUAAGUAAGGGGCAGAGAAGGAAGUGAGCAACUCUAUAAACAUGGAAGUGAUAAUUUAAGUAUGAGGAGUGAUUAGCUGGGAGCUCUACCAUUUCAGAAAGCAUGUAACUGGGGAUUAUCCCAUUAUGUCAAGCACACAACAGUAUUUUUUGAUAGUAAGGAGGGAAAUGUGAAUAAAGGUUAUUUUUCUAACCAAGUGAGGGAGGGAAAGGAUAGGAAGUCCAUGAAGAACCACCAUAUUAUUGGAUUGUAUAUUAUUGGGUGAGUUACAAGGAUUUGUGAUAAUUUAGCACCAUAGUACUUCAUGAUUUAUGAUUUUGCAAGGUGAAGCACUUUUCCAAAGGUUUCUAUUUGAAAGCCACAGGAUUUCAGUUGUAUGCUGAAAUUCAUGAACCUGUAUAAUCAAAAAAUUUUUUUCUGAUUUAAAAUAAAAUGUAUGAAUAAAUAUUACAUUAAACAUAUGCAGAGAAACAUAAUGUGUAAUUAAAGAUAAAAUUGUUAUAUGCUUCCAAAAUGUAUACUAAUAAAUAUUUUAAAGUAUAGUGUUUGUGUUGAGAAAAUGAACAUAAGGAGGUGUUAGGAUGCUCGUUAGAUCAUGCCAAUGACAGAAUAAAGGAGUAUCUCUCAUGCAUUUACAAGGCAUGCUUUUA